AGUCUUCAGUGGUAAUAAAUAGUCGAGCCCAGCACAGGCCUCAGGGGAAGCGAAACUAUGGCGAACGCGGGGCUGCGCGCGUACCGGGAGGUGCUGCGGCUGGUGCGGCGGCUGCCGGCGGACGCGCGGCCGUACUACGCCAAGUACGCCCGCGAGAACUUCGUCAACUACCGCGACCUCUCCGCUGACGACGACCUCGCCGCCCUCCUCCGCCGCGCCUACGCCCACUCCUCCUGGGUCCUCUCCAAGUACUCGAUCGACGCGGAUGCUGCGGCGGGGCGGCUCAAGGAGGUGUGCGGCGCCGAGGGCGGAGCGUGAGCACGCGUGCGCGCGAGGUGUUCGACGAAAUGCUUCGCCGCGUCAUGCCAGCGUCAGUUAGCUCUACCCCGUUGUUUUUACUUGCCUUGCUAGCGGUUGGCGGGCAUUUGGACUUCUUGUUUUUUGCAACAGUUUAGUUGAUAGUUGAUAAAAAUGUGUGGGGAAUAAGUUGAAUACUCUGCUUCUGCACACCGUAUUUUAGUUUGAUCCCUGCUGCCGCCUGCCUGUUUCAGUUGGUGUUGAACUCAAUUUGCCGGGAUUAGCAAAUUGCGUGUUUAACUGUGGGAUAACCAAGCAAACACACUUUGCAAAUUUUGUUGGUCAAAUCUAGAUGUUAAAUUGCCUAA